GUGGAGAGAAUCUUCGUCCAAAAUCGCAUCCAGUCGCUCCGUGUGCAACACAGGAACCUGUGUACUAUCUGGCCGUAAUAGCCCUCAUUCUCUCCGAUGCAGAAUCGACAGAGCCGUUUCUGUUUGCUCUCGAUAGAAGGUUCCCUAGGUUUCUAGCCGGACCGUUUAGGGAUGUGCUCUGUAUCUUAUUUCCGGUAGUGGGGAGGAGCAGUUGCCAUGGUAAUCAGAGAAAGGCCGAAAUCGGUCCCGUGGCGGUGAGAGGAUUGCCGAAUCGCUGAAGUAAAUUGGCUGCGCUUCCUUGUUUGACAGCUGUAAUUAGGUAGCAAAUGACUAGCAGUCUCAGUCUCUUCGCUCUUCUUACUGCCGUCAGUGUUUUGCUUCCUCUUCUACCUGCUUCUUUUACUUCUCUCUCAGUAAUACUAACAGUUGGUGUGUGUAUGUACCAACAAUGUACAUAUAAAUGCAGUUUUAUGCCAGGGAAAGACCAAAGUAGGUAUUCUCCGAGAUUAGCUGUGAACGUAUUUCACUGUGUGGAGACGGUGACUGGAUGGCUGGCUGUUUUCGCUUGGCCUUUUAGAAGCCUCAGGCGCUUGUUAACAGUUUAUUUUUCUUGCUAUUGUGUGGCUGGUUAUUUAUGGAGCCGUUUGCUGCAAUGUGCUCUCUAGGCCCCUGUCUCGGUCUCGGGCUGAAGUUGUAAACGAAGGAGGUUUCCAAGCCUGAGGGGUGCAAUUAUAUAUUUAUUUAAGCUUCGGUUUAGUCUCUCGUUAGAGAAAAGAGAAGAAUAGAAUUCUGGAACAUUUCUGUCGUGGGAUUUCCACGUGAGAGAGUCACCUUAUUUCGAAAGAGUAUUCCAGGACAAUCCUAAAAAACAUCGAACAGUUUUCCUUCAUGUUUGUGAGGAGACGUGUGCACGCAUAUGUGUUUAAAACACUGAUGCUUAAUUAUAGUGAUACCAAUUUGCAGUAACCAGACUGUGACACCACAUCCCUGUGGGGUCCUUCUGAAUCUGGUGUAAUAUGAAAGUGUCAGGCAGGCGGUCUGUGUAUUAUAAAUAGGGUACUUCAUCCAUGAUAAGCGAUUAUUAUCUUUCUUUCCCAAGUGUAAAAGACCUAUAUAAUUCAAGAAGGUGCAAGUGAUUUAGGCCUCCUGAGUAAGAAUCCAAUGAGUCCUGAAGGAGACCCUACCUGUGUCGUCUUAUUGCUGAACUUGAAAUAUUCAAUUUAUUAGGUUGGAAUGUAUUUUUAGAAGUCAAAGCUGGGUAAUGUUGGAAGCUGUUAGACCACCAGCACAAUCUAGUGACCCAUAGUAAGCAUUGUCCAAAAAGCCUUAAUCCAGUUUAAUGAAAAAGAAACUGUUCUCAGAAUUUACUGCCUGUGCCACUUACUACUAACUGGGUAGCAUCUCUGUCUCUCAAUUUCCUCAUCUGUAAAAGGGACAAAAAAAAAUCUGACCACUGUAGUAGGGUAAAACAAGAUGUAUGACAUUUCUGUAAGCUCUGAUAAGCAGAGACCAAACCAAAACCAAACCUGGUGCCAUCUAGUCAAUUCUGACUCAACAGCGACCCUAUAGGACAGAGUAGACCUGCCCCAUAGAGUUUCCAAGGAGUGCCUGGCAGAUAUGAACUGCUGACCCUUUGGUUGGCAGCCAUAGCACUUAACCACUAUGUCACCAGGGUUUCCAAUAAGCAGAGGUGCUAUAUAAAUCCAGCUAUACUAUUAUUAAUAACGGAGCACAGUAAAAUUUUAUUAUGAUAAUGUUAUAAAUAGAAUUUUUAAAAUUUAAAUCAUUUAAUAUGUGAGGAUUAUUGAGAUGCUAGUGAAAUGAUGUGGUUGAUCCUGCUUUGGAGGAUAGGUAUGUACUGUCAAUCACAUUAUAUCAACGUCUCGUUACUGUGGAGUUUCACUCUUAUCUAUGGUUUAUUUAGCAUCUAUAUGCCGGGCACUGUUCUAGGUGAUUAAUUUAUUUAAUCUUCAUAACAACCUAUGAAGAAUCUCAUCUGACUGUUCACUUAUUUUGAGAAAACAGAUGUGUGCUUUUCCUUUGUUCUAUGAUUCUUUUUUGGUAUUAUAUCUUUGUUCUUUUGGCUGUUAUCACAUACUUGAUAUAUAGAUGGAUAUAAAAAAUAUCACUAGAAAUCAACUGAUAAGGGCUUAUUCUAAUUGGAAAUAUUGUAAUACUUUUUUCAUUCUUUUAUUUAUAAUAUUCUUUUUCUUUGUUUUUUAAGUAAAAAAUUUUAAUGCCUUAAUUUUUCCUCCAUUUGAAAGGCAAGGUGACAUUUGCACUUUAGAAGAUUAACAUCGACUAAAACAGGGUCCUGAUGGUGCACUGGUUAAGAACUUGGCUGCUAACCAAAAGAUCAGCAGUUCGAAUCCACCAGCCACUCGUUGGAAACCCUGUGGGGCAUUUCUACUCUGUCCUAUAGGGUCGCUGUAAGUUGGAAUCAACUCAACGACAAUGGUUUGGUUUUUUUUAAAAAACAAAUUUUUAAAUUAUUUUCUAGCAGAAUGGCCAGCAGUCCAGGAAGUGAUGCAGCUCUCUCCAGUCAGAAAUCUACGCUUUCAGAGAGUUCUCGAACAAAAAAGUUCCCAUUAACUGAAGAGGAGAUAUUUUCUAUGAAUUGUAGAGCUGCCUACCUAACUGUUUUCAAAAGCAGCUUAGAAAACAUUAUUUCAAAAGAUCAACUUUAUUUAGCUCUUCAGCAUGCAGGAAGAAAUCCAUCCCAAAAGACCAUUAAUAAAUAUUGGACUCCUCAAACUGCCAAACUGAAUUUUGAUGAUUUUUGUAUAAUUUUAAGGAAGGAAAAACCUACUUCAAAAGCAGAACUCCUAAAAUCAUUUAAGAAGUUAGAUGUAAAUGAUGAUGGCUAUAUUUUACACACUGAUCUUUAUAAAAUUCUAACAAAGAGAGGUGAGAAGAUGACUCAAGAAGAAGUAAAUGCCAUUAUAACUUUGGCUGACGUAAAUACUGAUGGCAAGUUCGAUUACCUCAAGUUUUGUAAAUUAUAUAUGACAACCAGUGAGCAAUGUCUGAAGACUACACUAGAAAAACUGGAGGUUGACAGUAAACUGAGGCGUCAACAGUUUGGAAGCCACAUUGAAGGGUCCCCUGAAAGGGACCCAUCACCAAUACCCAAAUCUUCGCCUAGAAUCAUAAGAAAAACUGAUCAGGAAACAUUCUCAACUAAAGGUGAUGCCAGGAGUUCUUUACUGUCAGCAACUAGAAAGUUCAAAACAUCUGUUUCCUUCACAAUUGCCAUGGGCGUUAAUAGUAACCGAAACUCAAAGUUAACUGAGCCAAACUCACUAAAGGAGUGGCAAUGUGCACAAUCAAAAGGUUGCUUUUUCUUAGAAGAAGACAGUGAAGUCAUCAGCCAUCAAUACAGGAUGCAAAUACCUCAGAGAUCCAUGGUUUAUCUAACAAUUAAGCCAUUAAACCUGAGUCAAGUUGAAGGAAAACCAUCCCCUUGGUUAUCAGUUGAUACUGCCUUAUAUAUUCUUAAAGAGAAUGAGAGUCACGCAAAUCUACAGCUCGUGUGUUUUACUGAACUGCGAAAUAGAGAAGUGUUUGGGUGGACUGGUGAACUAGGACCUGGAAUGUACUGGUUAAUUCCUUUCACUACUGGCUGUAAGCUGAAGAAAGAAAUAAAGCCAAUAACAGAAGAAGCUCAACUUGUUUAUAGAGAUGAAAUGGGGGAAUUAUUUCUUACAAAGGAAUUUAGGUCAACUUUAUCAGAUAUAUUUGAAAUUAUUGAUUUAGAUGGAAAUGGUCUUCUUAGCAUUGAAGAAUAUAAUUUUUUUGAAUUGAGAACAAGUGGUGAGAAAUGUGAUGAAGAUGCUUGGGCUGUCUGCAGAGGUGCUAUAAGGAUUGUCAAGGAUUUCAUUUUACUUGGAACCACAAUCAACAGCCAUGGAAGCAGUAGUCAAGAAAUCAAAAGAUGCAUUGCAUUGGGUAAAUCUGCUGCAAAGGGCCUCUUUAAAGUGUUGAAGAGCAAAGAUGUCACCUUGAAGACUAAGGUGCACCUGACCCAAGCCAUGGUAUUUUCAAUCACAUCAUAUGCAUGUGAAAGCUGGACAAUGAAUAAGGAAGACCGAAGAAGAGCCUUUGAAUUGUGGUGUUGGCGAAGAAUGUUGAAUAUACCAUGGACUGCCAAAAGAAUGAACAAAUCUGUCUUGGAGGAAGUACAACCAGAAUGCUCCUUAGAAGCAAAGAUGGCAAGACUGCGUCUUACAUACUUUGGACAUGUUGUCAGGAGGGAUCAGUCCCUGGAGAAGGACAUCAUACUUGGCAGAGUACAGGGUCAGCGGAAAAGAGGAAGACCCUCAACGAGGUGGACUGACACAGUGGCUGCAACAGUGAGCUCAAGCAUAACAACGAUUGUAAGGAUGGCUCAGCACUGGGCAGUGUUUCGUUCUGUUGUGCAUAGGAUCGCUAUGAGUUGGAACCAACUCAACGGCACCUAACAACAACAACAACAUGAGAUAAGUACUGUUAUUAUUCUUAUUUUACAAAUAAGGAAACAGAAUCAAAAAGUUAAGUAAUUUGACCAAUGUUACACAAAAAAGUUUCACAACUGGAUUUCACACCAGAACUUUAACCUCCACGCUAUCAAAAGCUCUAAGAAUGAUUGAUUUAAAAAGUGAUUUAGGGGAAAUGUCUCUGUCACCAACGUUAAUAACACUGCUAAAGAAACGGGGCCUUUUUAGGUUCUGAAAUAUUUAUCUUUGUUGUCAUAUGUAAUAUUCAUUUUACUCUUUCUUUCCUGGUAUCAUUUGUCUGUAAAAUAGUUUUAAUAAACUUUUUAAAAAUUAAUGAAGACUGUGAAUUUAAAAUUUUAAAAGUAGAUUAGUUAUUGUGAGUCUCUAUACUACAGUAUCUAAAUACAUUUUUCUUUAAAAUGAUACUUUAUUUUUAUCAAAUAUUAAUUUUUAAUCUUCUGUUGCUACAUACCACUGCCAUCGAGUUGAUUCUGACUCAAAAUGACCCUAUAGGACAGAGUAGAACUGCCCUGUAGAGUUUCUAAGGCUGUAAUCUUUAUGGAAGCAGGCUGCCACCUCUUUCUCCCAUGGAGCAGCUGGUGAGUUCGAACUGCCAACGUUUAGUGCUUGAACCACUGCACUUCCAGAGUUCCUUGUUUUACUACGUAGUAGCUCCAAUUUCCAUUUUAGUAGCUACCAUCUCUCUCUAUGAUCUAAUUUAAUCUACAUUUAGUUUUUUUUCCUGCAAAAGUCAGGAGUCACUUUCCAAAUAUUUUAAACUAUUACUCAGCCGAUUUUAAACAGUUAUAUGUUCCUGCUGCUUUCCUCCCAAUAAAGCUUACAAAAGAGAUGUUUUUUCAAAUAAGAGUAUCCAUUUCCUUUGGCUAUAUUACAGAUGGGAACUGGAAAAUAAAAUUUUUUUGUUCUAGGGCAGUUAAAAGAAUAUAAUUAGUAACAAAUAGCUGUUUAUUAUCUAUAGAUAAAUUCAGGAAUUAGACAUAGCUUGCUAUUUCUAGGCAGAUUUAGUCUUCUUUACAAAUAUUGUUAAAAUGAGCAUACUUAGAUUUACACAGGAAAAUGUAAGUUAAUUCAUGGACAGUCUUUCAGGGACCAGGGGACAAUUCGAUUAAAAUUGAUGGAAUAAGGCACCAUCUUUAUCUCCCUUUCUGAAAAACUGGUAGUUUGGGGCUUAUAUCAAAUUCAGUCAGAUUCUGCUGGGUUUAAAUGGCAAAUAUACAUGAAACAUUUUUAUGUUUUAAAAUAUACCUUAAUAUGUACUCUAAAUGAGCUGGUAGGCUGGAAUUUGCCCAGAAAAAUUGCAUUUUUCUCUAAUUUUGGAAUAUAUUUGCACUGUUUAUAACUUCAGAAUUUGUUGAAAAACUGAGUCAUGUACUGUGACACUGCCUGUGCUGAGUUUUGGGAAAUUAGAAGGAUAUUCUUCAAGCAUUCAUCAUCAGAAAGAACAUUUCAAAAAUCUGUCCUAAAGUGCAGUGCUGUCAGUGGUAGGAAUAUAUACGCACGCCUACAAGGAGGACCAGUUAAUACGGCUAUUAUUCAAAUUUAUGCACCAACCACUAAAGCCAAAGAUGAAGAAAUUGAAGAUUUUUACAAACUUCUGCAGUAUGAAAUUGAUUGAACAUGCAACCAGGAUGCGUUGAUAAUUACUGGUGAUUGUAAUGUAAAAGUUGGAAACAAAGAAAAAGGAUUGGUUGUUGGAAAAUACGGCCUCGGUGAUAGAAAUGAUGCCAGAGAUCAUAUGGUAGAAUUUUACCACACCAAAGACUUCUUCACUGCAAACAGCAACUAUACACAUGGACAUCGCCAGAUGGAAUACAUAGGAAUCAAAUCGACUACAUGAGUGCAAAGAGACGAUGGAAAAGCUCAAUAUCAUCAGUCAAAACAAGGCCAGGGGCUGGCUGCGGAACAGGCUAUCAAUUGUCUCUAUGAAACUUCAGGUUGAAACUGAAGAAAGUUAGAAUAAAUCCACAAGGGCCAAAGUAUGACCUUGAGUAUAUCCCACCUGAAUUUAGAGACCAUCUCAAGAGUAGAUUUGACGUGUUGACCGCUAAUGACCGAAGACCAGAUGAGUUUUGGAAUGACAUCAUACAUGAAGAAAGCAAGAGGUUAUUAAAAAGACAGGAAAGGAAGAAAAGACCAAAAUGGAUGUCAGAAGAGACUCUGAAACUUGCUCUUGAACAUCAAGUAGCAUAACAAAUGGAAGAAAUGAUGAAGUAAAAGAGCUGAACAGAAGAUUUCAAAGGGUGGCUUGAGAAGACAGAGUAUUAUAAUGAAAUGUGUGAAGACCUGGAGAUAGAAAAUCAAAAAGGAAGAACACACUUGGCAUUUCUUAAGCUGAACGAACUGAAGAAAAAUUCAAGCCUCAAGUUGCAAUAUUGAAGGAUUCUACGGGGAAAAUACUAAACGAUGCAGGAAAUGUCAAACAAAAAUGGAAGGAAUACACAGAGUGACUAUACCAAAAAGAAUUGGUUGAUAUUCAGCCAUUUCAGGAGGUAACAUAUGAUCAGGAACUAAUGGUACUAAGGAAGGCAGUCGAAGCUGCACUGAAGGCAUUGACAAAAACACAAGGCUCCAGGAAUUGACGGAAUACCAGUUGAGAUAUUUCAACAAACGGAUGCAGCGCUGGAAGUGCUAACUAUCCAUGCCAAGAAAUUUGGAAGACAGCUACCUGGCCAACCGACUGGAAGAGAUCCAUAUUUAUGCCUGGUCCCAAGAAAGGUGAUCCAACUGAACGUGGAAAUUAUUGAACAUUAUCAUUAAUAUCACACAUGAGCAAAAUUUUGCUGAAGAUCAUUCAAAAGCCACUGCAACAGUGUAUGGACAGGGAACUGCCAGAAAUUGAAGCCAGUUUCAAAAGAGGACAUGGAACCAGGGAUAUCAUUGGUGAUGUCAGAUGGAUCCUAGCUGUAAGCAGAGAAUACCAGAAAGAUGUUUACCUGUGUUUUAUUGACUACGCAAAGGCAUUUGACUAAGUGGAUCAUAACAAAUUAUGGAUAACGUUGCGAAGAAUGGGAAUUCCAGAACACUUAGUUGUGCUCUUGAGGAACCUGUACAUAGAUCAGGAGGUAGUCGUUUGAACAGAACAAGGGGAUACUAUGUAGUUUAAAGUCAGGAAAGGUGUGUGUUAGGGUUGUAUCCUUUCACCAUACAUACUCAAUACGAGAAGCUGAACUAUAUGAAGAAGAAUGGGGCAUCAGGAUUGAAGGAAGACUUAUUAACAACCUGCAUUAUGCAGAUGACACAACCUUCCUUGCUGAAAGUGAAGAGGACUUGAAACAUUUACUGAUGAAGAUCAAAGACCAUAGCCUUCAGUAUGGAUUACACCUCAACAUAAAGGCACCAAAAAUCCUCACAACUGGACCAAUAAGUAACACUAGCAUAAAGUGAAAAAACAUUGAAGUUGCCAAGGAUUUCAUUUUACUUGGAUCCCCAGUCAAUACCCAUGGAAACAGCAGUCAAGAAAUCAAAAGAUGCAUUGCAUUGGGCAGAUCUGCUGCUAAAGACCUCUUUAAUGUGUUGAAAAGGAAAGAUGUCGCCUUGAAUACUAAGGUGCCCCUGACCCAAGCCAUGGUGUUUUCAAUCGCCUCAUAGGCAUGCAAACCCUGAACAAUGAAUAAGGAAGACUGAAGAAGAAUUCAGGUCUUUGAAUUGUGGUGUUGGUGAAGAACACUGAAUAUACCAUGGACUGCCAAAAGAAUGAACAAAUCUGUCUUGGAAGAAGUACAACCAGAAUGCUGCUUAGAAGCAAAGCUCACAUACUUUGGACAUGUUAUCAGGAGGGAUCACGUCCUGGAAAAGAACAUCAUGCUCAGUAAGUUAGAGGGUCAGCAAAAAAGAAGAAGACCCUUAAUGAGAUGGAUUGACACAGUGGCUGCAACAGUGGGCUCAAGCAUAACAAUGAUUAUAAGGUUGGCACAUGGCUGGGCAGUGUUUCGUUCUGUUGCACAUAGGGUUGCUAUGAGUCGAAACCAACUCAACGGCACCUAACAACAAUAAUCCCUCAAGCAUGGUUUGAUCUAUUCUUAUUCUACUUUUAAACUAUUCAGAUUAAUAUUUAUGAAUAAUAAUAUAUAAUAAGAAUUUUAUUAAAUGUUUGAAUUUUUUUAAUUGUGUAAGAAAGAAAAUUUCGGUUGUUUUAACAGAAUUUUUUUCUUUUUUUUUUUUAAUUGAACUUUAGAUGAAGGUUUACAGAACAAACUUCUCAUCAAGCAGUAGUACACACAUUGUUGUAUGACAUUGGUUAACAACCCCAUGACAUGUCAACAGUCUCCCUUCUCAGCCCGGGGUUCCCUAUUCUCAGCUUUCCUGUUCCCUCCUGCCUUCCAGUCCCCACGCCAGGGCUGGUGUGCCUCUUUAGUCUUGUUUUGUUCCAUGGGCCUGCUCAAUCUUUAGCUGAAGGAUGAACCUCAGGAGUGGCCUCAUUAUUGAGCUGAAAGGGUGUCCCGGGUCCAUACUCUCAGGGUUUCUCCAGUCUCUGUCAAGCCAGCAAGUCUGGUCUUUCUUUUUGAGUUAGAAUUUUGUACUACAUUUUCUCCAGCUCUGUCCAGAACCCUCUAUUGUGAUCCCUGUCAGAGCAGUCAGUGGUGGUAGCUGAGCACCAUCUCGUUGUACUGCAUUCAGUCUGGUGGAGGCCAUGGUAGAUGUGGUCCAUUAGUCCUUUGGACUAAUCUUUCCAUUGUGUCUUUAGUUUUCUUCAUUCUUCCUUGUUUCCAAACGGAUGAGACCAGCGGAGUGUCCUAGAUGGCUGCUCACUGGCUUUUAAGACCGCAGACUCUACCCACCAAAGUAGAAUGUAGAACAUUUUCUUUAUAAACUGUUUUGCCAGUUGAGCUAGAUAUUCCCUGAGACCAUGGCCCCACAGCCCUCAGCCCAACAUUUUGGUCCCUCAGGGACUUUGGAUGUGUCUAUGGAGCUACUAUGGCCCUGCCUUUUACAGGCUGUGCUGGCUUCUCCAGUGUUGUAUACUGUCUUACCCUUCACCAAAGUUAUCGCUUAUCUAUUGUCUAUUAAGUGUCUUUCCAUCCCCACCCCUCCCCACUCUCAUAAUCAUCAAAGAUUAUUUCUUUUGUAUGUAAACCUUUUCAUGAGUUUUUACAGUAGUGGUCUCAUACAAUAUUUGUC